GCUGGAUCAAGAAGCGCCACCUUCUCUAUCUUAAAUUUGCAACUUUAUUGUUCUUAGACAUCUCAUCGAAUAAUGCAACUCCCUUUUGGGGAUUUAUACAAUUCAUUUCAAUCAUUUUCACUAUAGCAAUUUCCAUACAUGAACCCCUUUUUCUUGAAAUUGAAAAAAGAAGAAGCCCAUUUUCCCCAUAUUGUAACAUUUGAUCCUAUAUGAAAUCCAUUCAAGGGACACCAUUUAUGAGGACCCUUUUGCAUUUUGAACCUAUUGGGAAGUAAAAAAAAAAAAAAAAAAAAAAAAAGGACAUUGUGUGUUGUUUUGUUUAUUCAAUUUUUUCUUUGGUUCUUGAUUUUUUACCUAGAUGUGUGGGAGGGUAUCUAUUUUAGAAUCGUUAUGAUAAGCAGAAGAAUUCACAAUAGUAUUAAUCGCUCUUUAAUGGCCAUUACAUCUACUUUUUCUGUUGGCCCAAAAGAUUAUUCUUUUGUAUUAUCUAAUAAUAACAAGGGAUUUCAGUUUUUGUCAUGUGUCAAGUUUUUAUCUACAAUCGAUGCACAGGUUUUUGGAGGAAAAUACCCUUUUAAUAAUUCGACGAAUCUUAGGCUUUGGGGUUGUUGUUGUUCUUCUAAUAAUGAUUCAAAUAUAAGUAGUGCGGGUAAUAAUAAGUACUAUAUGAAUGGAUUUCAAAGGGCACAGGUUUAUGCUCCAGCGAAUCCGGUCUUGCUACAUGAUGCUGAGGAAACUAGUACUAGUAGUGCUACUAAGGACACUAAUCAUAGAGGAAGCCGUGGUGGAUUCUUUAACCAGGAUUUACAGGAUAAAAUCGUUGUAGCGGUUGAUGUUGAUGAAGUCCUUGGGAACUUUGUUUCAGCUCUCAACGAAUUUGUCGCGGAUCGUUACUCAUCAUACCAUUCGGUGUCUGAGUAUCAUGUAUAUGAAUUCUUCAAGAUAUGGAAAUGCUCAAGAGAUGAAGCUGAUAUCCGCGUCCAUGAAUUCUUCAAGACUUCUUAUUUCAAGACCGGAAUUCGUCCAAUUCCCGGUGCUCGACAGACUCUUCAAAAGAUGUCUAGAUUCUGUAACCUAUCAAUUGUGACGUCCCGGCAAAACGCCAUUAAAGAUCACACGAUUGAGUGGAUUGAGAGGCAUUAUCCUGGAUUAUUUCAGGAUAUUCACUUCGGCAAUCACUUUGCAUUGAAUGGGAAGUCUAUAGCCAAAUCAGAUAUGUGCAGGUCCUUGGGAGCAACUGUUUUGAUUGAUGACAACCCGAGGUAUGCUAUCGAGUGUGCGGAAGUUGGAAUCAAGGUUCUUCUUUUUGAUUAUGAAAAUUCAUACCCAUGGUCCAAAAGUGAGUCACUUAAUGGGCAUCCCAUGGUUAAGAGAGUGCACAACUGGGGAGAAGUGGAGCAUCAAUUAGCUUCAUGGAUAGUUCCCAGAAAUUCCUCUCCAAAGUAGACUCAGAAAAAAAGAGAAUAAAAUGUAUGAUUUGUAUUCUAUUUGACUUCAUAUUUGGAAAGCAAUGGUAAACCUGGUGAUCAAAGGGUCAAGCCUCUGCUGUUAAGAAGUUGGUAAACACGUUUUCUUCCAUUUUGCCUUUCUGCUCUGUACAGAUAUAAAAUCCGUCGAGUGUUAGUAACGAGACUUAUUUAAAUAGGUUAGAGUCGAUGCCUGGACGGUCUCACUGUACUUGCAAUCCAUAAAGAUAAAGACGAUAUUCUUGAAAUUUAUUUUCUAGUUGAAGUA